AUGUCUUCCAAGCUCAUCCUCGCCCUGGGCAGCAUCAUUUCUCUCGCUGCGUCACUACCCCACACAGCUCGCGAGUGCACCCCAGCCUUAACACCAGGCAUAAUCGCUCAUCCUCAACACUUCAACGUCUAUCAGUCCGCCACGCAACCGAACCACCCCACAGACAACGUCCCGCAUCUCGACCUCCACACCAACAUCACCCGCCAGGUCGUUAUUUUCACAGGCAUUCCGUCUUCGGCUACGACUUGCUCUCUCGGCUGGCGCCAGGGACCAAUUGAAACCCGUGUGUUCCGCGUCGACGGCAACGGCCUCGUCUCUUCGCGCCAGCUCAAGUCCGAAGGCUUCCCAACAUGGACCAAGGGAAGCAACGUUCUGAUCAACCCCACGACCAUCGCGCCGUUUCAAGAAGGCAGCGAAUUCUCGGCGGGCAUGGAUUUCACAUUCUGGGACCAGCCUGAAUUCUCCGCCCCUGCGACACACGGCGGCCCGAGUGUGAAGUGUGAGGAGAGAAUCGUUGUGGAGUUGGCAGUCAACCUUAACAAUGGACAAGAUGGUCGGGUGUUCAUGCAAGAUGAUGCCGAUAAUGGCUUGUACAUCUCAUACUCUUGA